ACCCGCGGUAGAACAGUACACCUUAGCUGGCAAGUUCGUCUUGAGCAGACGAAACUGUAGGGUGGCGCGUUGAGUGUGGUGCACGAGACUCCUGGAUGGCCAUCAUGGCCCAGUGAAAGCGUAAUGAGGCAGGUCUGACCAAUGUCUGUGGAAUCAAGUGCGGUACACUAUGUUGCACUCGUUCAAGGCCUAUCAUAAACAACACGAAAGUUGUUUUCUACGAACUCUAAAACGGUAACUGACUGAUAUCGAUACCGAUAGUGUUGAAAUGUAUACUUGGCAGCAUUUAAAUUAAUGCUUGUCAACGUACAAGGGCGGUAGAACUAGAAUACGAUUAAGAAAAUAAGUGUAAGUGAAAGUUUAACUAGUUCACUGUCACUUUGAAGGUGAGGAACCACAUUUUUCGUUUCUCGUUCGAACAGGAGGUUUUAACCCUCGUCAUGUUGCCCAACUUGCAGUAAGCUAAUACUGGAGAGAUGUCGUCAUUAGGUGUCUCCACGUCUAAUCCAGAUUCGCCUGAGAGCGAUGAUUGCACAGGUGGGUGCACUUAUACACCGCCCUCUAGCGGUCUUGGAAGCAUGCGUGAUUACUCUAGUUACAUGGACAGUGGUCAGCAGUCCCGAGAAGAAACUGUGAAUCACGGACCACCAAAGUUGGCACCAGUCAGUGGAGUUUUUGAAUCCAAGUGUCAGACAGUAGUGCGUCCAGUUGCCUACAGGCCCAUUAUGCCUGUCAGCCUCACUCCUGCCCGCUUUUCGACCCCAGCAGUCCGAAAAUCCCUUCCAGUUCCCAGUCCUCUAUCUACAGAGUCUGAUUCAAAAAACUAUUACAACCUGUCGCAAAGUUCGUAUCUUUUAGAUGACGACCAUCGGUCAGUCACCUACUCGCUGGACAGCUGCAUAAAGACUUCAGAGAACGUGUGCUCGUAUGGAACCUCUUACUUAGGAAGUGGCUCCACACUGAACCUGGAUGACUUCAUCAACACACCGUCUCCUAGCGACAGUGGAGUGGCAGAAAUGGAGGCCAUUCUACGUGACAAAGACUCUGAAAUUAACUAUCUGCGUGAAACGUUGGAGCAGAACGAACAAGUAAUCUUUAAAGUAUACGAAGAGAAAGAGCAGAACUGGUUGAGAGAAAUAAAAAAAUUGCGCAUACACUUUGACCAGAAACUGAGAGUCACCCAACAACGCCUGGCCAAAGCUGAACAACUCAGUUUCCAGGCCCAGCAAGAGAAGAGGAAGAUGCAGGCAGAUCUUGAGGAGUUAAGACGAGAAAAAAACAAUGAAGAGCAGAAAAAUGACGUUCUCAGACAGGAACUUGACCAAUGUCAAUCUCUUUUGGAGGAGACAGAGUGGACUUUAUGUCAGAAAACUGGCGAGAUAUCCUUGCUGAAGUCACAGUUAAAGGGAUCACAAGGGGAUCAAACAACUCGGGCAACAGAGUUGUUAUCAUUGAAAGCCCAAUUGAAAGAGAAGCAAUUGCAACUAACAGAAAAAAACCAGAAGAUAGGCAACUUGCAAGAAGAUUUGAUGAAGAGUCGGGAGGAAGUGUGCCACGCCAAACAAGAAGUAGAACGAAUGUUACAAAACAUUCGUAGCCAAACGCAAAGUCCUUCGGAACCCCAGACGGCUUUACUUAAUCACUUCAAGGAGGAAGUGGAGCGGCUCCGUUCAGAGUUAGCGAUAUCAAGGAAGCAGCUAGAAAUAACAAGAGACAACAUUGAAGAGGAAAGAAUUCAGUGGUUGGAAGAGAAGGAAAAAGUAAUAAAAUAUCAGAAACAGCUACAAUUAAAUUAUGUUCAAAUGUACAGAAGAAAUCGAACCUUGGAGUCGGAAUUAGAACAUAUGACUUUAGAGUUGGGAGGAGUAAAAGAUUUUAAUUCUUUGGCAGGAGAGUCUCAGUGCUGACACACAGUAGUUGUUACAUGGUAAAGUCUAUGGUAUUUUCUAUGCUUCACUAGCUAAUUAUUAGUUUUUCAAUAACUUAAGGAUUCCAAUUUGCUCA